GGAAAAGACACCUGUUCUCUCGACAGGAACGCAGCUUUGUAAUUGACGACUGGUCGAUACAAGUAGCCGCGACCACUACGGAUCCGUCCUCCCCCUUCGUUGUGCUUGGGACAUCCCAUUAUUCCUCUCCAUCUUUUCUCUUCUGAAAAAGAAAGGGGGCCUAUCCGCAUACCUGCAGGGUAUCAAUUGGAAUUCAAUUCCUUGGUUGCGGUGAUUCCUAUCUGUCCUUUUCUGCCUUUACUUUAAGUAGCCCAGAAACAGGAACAUCGCGAUGCAUAAGGCCCAGAAGUUCGCGCUCGGCCUGCUUGCCGCGGCGGCAGUUGCCACAGCUUCGGAUGUUGUCCAGCUGAAGAAGGACACCUUCGACGACUUCAUCAAGACGAAUGACCUUGUUCUCGCCGAAUUCUUCGCGCCGUGGUGCGGUCACUGCAAGGCUCUCGCCCCCGAGUACGAGGAGGCUGCGACCACACUGAAGGAGAAGAACAUCAAGCUCGUCAAGGUGGACUGCACAGAGGAGACGGACCUCUGCCAACAACAUGGUGUUGAGGGCUACCCGACUCUCAAGGUCUUCCGCGGCCUUGACAACGUCUCCCCCUACAAGGGCCAGCGCAAGGCUGCUGCUAUCACCUCGUACAUGAUCAAGCAGUCUCUGCCCGCCGUGUCCGAGGUCACGAAGGACAACCUGGAGGAGUUCAAGAAGGCCGACAAGGUCGUCCUUGUCGCCUACGUGGAUGCUUCCGACAAGGCGUCCAGUGAGGUUUUCACCCAGGUCGCCGAGAAGCUGCGCGACAACUACCCGUUCGGCUCCAGCAGCGAUGCUGCGCUGGCCGAGGCUGAGGGCGUCAAGGCUCCCGCUAUCGUCCUUUACAAGGACUUUGAUGAGGGCAAGGCGGUCUUCUCCGAGAAGUUCGAGGUGGAGGCGAUCGAGAAGUUCGCCAAGACGGGCGCCACCCCGCUCAUUGGCGAGAUUGGCCCCGAGACCUACUCCGACUACAUGUCGGCCGGCAUCCCUCUGGCCUACAUUUUCGCCGAAACGGCCGAGGAGCGGAAGGAGCUCAGCGACAAGCUCAAGCCGAUCGCCGAGGCUCAGCGCGGCGUCAUUAACUUUGGUACUAUUGACGCCAAGGCUUUUGGUGCCCACGCCGGCAACCUGAACCUGAAGACCGACAAGUUCCCCGCCUUCGCCAUCCAGGAGGUCGCCAAGAACCAGAAGUUCCCCUUCGAUCAGGAGAAGGAGAUCACCUUCGAGGCGAUCAAGGCUUUCGUCGACGAUUUUGUCGCCGGUAAGAUCGAGCCCAGCAUCAAGUCGGAGCCGAUCCCCGAGAAGCAGGAGGGCCCCGUCACCGUCGUCGUUGCCAAGAACUACAAUGAGAUCGUCCUGGACGACACCAAGGAUGUGCUGAUUGAGUUCUACGCCCCGUGGUGCGGCCACUGCAAGGCCCUGGCUCCCAAGUACGAGGAGCUCGGCGCCCUGUAUGCCAAGAGCGAGUUCAAGGACCGGGUCGUCAUCGCCAAGGUUGAUGCCACGGCCAACGACGUUCCCGAUGAGAUCCAGGGAUUCCCCACCAUCAAGCUGUACCCGGCCGGUGCCAAGGAUCAGCCCGUCACCUACUCUGGCUCGCGCACUGUCGAGGACCUCAUCAAGUUCAUCGCCGAGAACGGCAAGUACAAGGCCGCCAUCUCGGAGGAUGCCGAGGAGACGUCGUCUGCAACCGAGACGACCACCGAGACGGCCACCAAGUCGGAGGAGGCUGCCAAGGAGACGGCGACGGAGCACGACGAGCUCUAGAAGACUUGUCGUACAUGUAUUUUACGAAAUGCUUUCUUGGGUUUUUCAUUAGGGACCAUAGGCACGCGGAUCCAGGGGCCCGGUAUUCUUGGGAUUGGGUUUUGCCAAAAUACCACCGCGCAUCUAUGUAAUGAAAUUGCCACCUCGUAUGCUUGAGUUUCUGAGUUCUUUUUCGUGCCACCCCCUUUUCAGCUUUGCAUGUUUCUCGGGUGCCUCCUCGAUGCUGGCGGAAAUUCUGCCGCAACUCUCCGC